AUCCCAGCCAAGAAAACUCCAUGGACAAAGACAGCAACUUCUUAUGGAGGUCUAUUGUGAUAGCAGAACCUCCAUGCCCAGGGACAGUCUACCUCUGAAUACCAGGCCUUGCGAAGAACUGGAGAGUUGCUGCUUGUGGGCCUCCCUUUGGGGGCCCGGUCGGCCACUGUGAGAGCAGGAUACUGGCCUGGAGGGGGCUGAUCCAGCAGGCUCUGUUCUUAUGUCAUCACUUCUAGAUUUAUGAUUUUUAAAAAGCAGGGAAAUGACUGCAGUGAAAGGUCCCAGCGGCAAGGAGCUUACAGUCCCAAGUUUGAAACUGUCCUAAGGAGAAGGGCAAGGGGGUAUGUGUGUGGCAUGGACAUCUGCGCUGCCCACUUUUCAGAAAAUAAAAUCUGUGCUUCCAGGUGGGAAUAUUGGACAGCUCUGCAGUCAAACCUCGAGUCCCGACGAUGAAUAUCCUUGCCCCCGUCAGGCGGGACCGCGUCAUUGCCGAACUGCCGCCGUGCUUCACCAAAGGGGCCGCGCUCCAUUCCAGGAGCUCCUUUCACCCCAAAGUGGUUGGGAUGUGCCAGUCCCAGAGGACGGGGACCGUGGGGUUUAAAAUUUCCAAGAUCAUCGUAGUCGGUGACCUCUCUGUGGGGAAGACCUGCUUGAUCAACCGCUUUUGCAAAGACACUUUCGACAAGAACUACAAAGCCACCAUUGGGGUGGACUUUGAGAUGGAGCGGUUUGAGGUGCUGGGAGUGCCCUUCAGCCUGCAGCUGUGGGACACGGCUGGCCAGGAACGCUUCAAAUGCAUUGCCUCCACCUACUACCGUGGAGCUCAAGCCAUCAUCAUAGUCUUUGACCUGAACGACGUGGCAUCCCUGGGCCACACCAGGCAGUGGCUGGCUGAUGCCCUGAAGGAGAAUGACCCUUCUAGCGCCAUUCUCUUCCUCGUCGGCACCAAGAAGGAUCUCAGCUCUCCGGCGCAGUACAGCCUCAUCGAGAGGGAAGCUCUCAAGGUGGCCAAGGAAAUGGAGGCUGAAUAUUGGGCUGUCUCCUCGCUCACAGGUGAGAAUGUGCGGGAAUUCUUUUUCCGGGUUGCAGCGCUGACCUUCGAGGGCAGCGUGAUGGCGGAGCUGGAGAGGAGCAGCGCAAGAAGGAUUGGCGACGUCGUGCGGAUCCACAGCGACGAGCAGGACCUUUACCUGACCGAGAAGCGUCGGAGAGCGAAAUGUUGCCAGUGACACAAGUUGGGGGAAGGAAUUUCACCAGCCUGAACAUUUGCACUGAACUUAUUUCUAUACCAAAGAAAAGUGUUGCUGUUUUUUAAUGAUUUUUUUUUUUAAAGAAAAGAACAGAUUGCCUCAUAUAUAGGACCAUCGCAAGCUGCUUUGUACUAAGUCGAGCCAUCGCUCCAUCUAGCUCAGUAUUGUCUGCACUGGCCGGCAGCAGUGGCUCUCCGGGAUUUGAAGCAGAAGACCUCCCCGGCCCCACCUGGGCUUGCUGCCGCGGACUGAGCCUGGGAUCGUUUUCCAUGCAGAAAGCAGGUGCUCUAACCACUGAGCAGUAUGUCAUUCCUGCAUUGGAAUGGGUUAGACUAGAUGACUCUUGGAGCUCCCUUCCAACUCUACAAUUGAUCCUCUUCCCUGGGUGAAGCUGGUCUGUUUUUCUGCCCCCAGAGCUCUCCCACCCCCAAAUAUUUCUGCCCUCUUGGCUUCUUGUGGGGCAGCCCCGGAAGAGAAUAAUCAGACGUUUCUACAUUCAUUUCUACAUUCCAUGGGUUCCUUCGCCACAACCGUUUCCUGUUGGUGACAUCAAUUCCUGUGCCAGGACAUGUAAGAUAGUGCCCUGGUUCUGGUGUCAUGGGACAUGUCCCACCCCAUUGGGCACAAAGACCCCCCUUGUCCCCCCCCAAAAAAAAGCACCUCUGGUCUCCCGGUACGAAACGCAUUCGGUCAUAAUAAAAGUUGAAAUGUUG